CUUGCAACAGUCUUCCUUGGCAACAACUCGGAGAGUGGUGAUUUUGAAUGGGAUUUCCGUGACCUAGGGCUUAUCUAUCGUCUCAACAAGAACCGCGGAGCCAUAAACUAUGUCUUGUGCCUCCCAGCGCAGAAAGCACUCUUUCAGGCGUUUACAAACAUACCUCAUCAUGAGCAUAUUCUGAGGCAAGUUAGUCUUGGAGAGGUAGGUGAUGAUUUUAAGUUGACACUGUUGGUCCGGUUUUUGACUUUAACCAAGCUAAUCGUUCUCAGAGCAACAAACCUUGUCGGCAAGGAUCCAACGCAGAUUAUAAUGGACUUUAAGGAUCAUGGGACAAUCCAUCAAAACAUGACUUCUCUUGGACGUGGCUAUGGACAUGUACUGAGCCAUUGUCAUUCGAGUUAUCCUCGCUUUGAUUUCAUACUCGACACAAUGUUUAUCCAGGUGUCCAUAAGUGAUUUCUGCGACCACGAGCAGAAACAAACUAAGCAGAUCCAGAACGCUUUUGAUAAGAGAGAUUCCAACGGCAAAAAUCAGAUUGAAAGAUAUUUGGACGAAGUAUUUGGAGGCAAUCAUUCCGCCUUAAUUGACGAUGGACAUUUUGUUGUCAAAAAGGAUGGAGAGCCAGUAACUGGAUUUAAAAUAGUUUACAUGCGUGGUUCCCCUGGUACACCAAACCACACUGGAUUAAUCAGAAAGUACAAAGAUCUUCUUCAUGUCAGCUUCGACGAGCUCAAUGAGAAACUUUUUAGAAAUAUCCCAACUUAGAAUUUUCGCCACAGUAUACAGCAAUAAUAUAGUUCUUAAUCCUAUAAAAAGGCUUGUCAUAGAAAUUUAAUAAUACGG